UUAUAUUACUAACAUUAGCUCGAAGUCCCAUCGGUCCUCAAUGGGUUGCAGCCUUGUGAGAAACACGAUGAAAUUAUGUGUGAACUUUGUGUUCGCUCGAUCAUUUUGGGUAGAGUCACUUUGGGCAAGAUGAUGACAGCUUCCAAAGCCACUCCUCACCCUCCACCUCAAGGCUAUGACUCUGUUUAUGGAAAGCCCUUAAAACAUUUCCUGCGCUACCCCGAGUACGUCAUCUACAAGGAAGAUCAGGUUUACCCUGAAUUUCUGAUCCACUAUAGGGCAAUACUGCAGGAAAUCGAGGACGACAAGAGUGAAUCAUCGUCUCAAAGUGAUCUAGGCGAUCAUAAUGAUGAAAGCUCGGAAAGCUCCUCAUUUGGGUCCGGAAAUGAGAGCUCUUUCGAAAGUGACUCGACGACAAGCAGUUUCUCCUCCAGUGACUUGCAGGAUGGAAAAGAUCAAAACCACUCUGAGGACAAAGGGAAGACAAGGCAUAGAGCUUGCCUGGAAAAAUUGCGAGUUCGAAUGCAGAGCAUGGAGGAGAAAAGUCUAGCCCUGAUGAUGAAGAAGCGUGCUCAAAAAAACCUCUUGGUAAGAUGCAAGGCUGAAAGCUGUUGCGCCGAGAAGACCAUCGGUUGCACUCCCAAGGAUCCUACGUUCAAGAAGGUGCAGGAAAUUUUUGCCAAGCUUCCUGCCACUCUUUUAGAGCUUGAUGAUAUGAAGACUGGUCUCGAGAGCCACCUGGAGUUUAGGAAGAGUGCUGCUGAUGAGAAUGUAAGUCGGCCUUCCGGUCGUCCUCGGAGGAGCCAACGCCGAGACAGGCCAGCGGUCAGGGCCUUCGGACAGCUCGGACGGGUGCGAAGGGAUCGGACGGGAGUUGCCCGAAACUGCACCAACUGGGUGUCCCGGUGUCCUGCGAACAAAUAG